AUGGGUCGGAAAACGAAACGAAGAACCAAGGAUCUGGACGAGAUCGAUGAGGAUUUGAAGGGGAACGCGAAGAAGCUGUUAAAUCAGGAAGUAGACUUUGAUAAACCCGGAGCGGCCCAACAUUAUUGUAUCCAUUGCGCGAGGUAUUUUAUAAACGAAACUGCUCUGCGUACUCAUUUUACUACCAAGGUACAUAAACGACGAUUGAAGGCACUCGAGUUAGAACCAUAUAGUAUCAAAGAAUCGGAAAGAGCAGCGAGCAAGGGAAAUUAUAUCACACCGCAAAAACGGAAAAUCGAAACUGUAACGCGAGGAACUUUUAAUGAAAAAGAUGCAGAUGCUGCGCCAAAAGCUAAAGCUAUGAAAAUAGAUGAAUAA